AUGUACCAGACAAAUGCAACUGAAGUUACUGAGUUUGUUUUCCUGGGACUUUCUUCUUCCUCAGAGCUACAACCUGUGCUUUUCUUCCUGUUUCUAGUGUUAUGUCUCCUGACAAUACUAGGAAAUGGCCUUAUUAUCAUCACAGUGACCUCUGAUCGUCACCUUCGCUCAGCCCCUAUGUACUUUCUCCUUUGCAAUCUCUCCUUCCAAGAUCUUUGCUAUUCUACUGUCACUGUACCCAAGAUGCUGUCCCACUUGGUCACCCACCACAAAACAAUUUCCUUCCAGGGCUGUGUAGCCCAGAUGUUGUUCUUGCAUUUCACUGGAAGCACAGAGAUAUUCAUCCUCACCAUCAUGGUGUAUGACCGCUACAUAGCUAUUUGCCAGCCCCUGCACUAUGAACUUAUCAUGAGCCAAUGUACUUGCUGGGUCCUGGCAGGGAUAUCAGUGCUGGGAGGGGUAAUCCAUUCCAUUACACAGGUGGUGCUCAUCUUACAUUUGCCUUUCUGUGGCUCAAAUGAGCUAGACAAUUUCUGUUGUGAUAUUCCACAGGUCAUUAAGUUGGCCUGCACAAACACCUUUGCGGUAGGCCUCCUGAUGGUUUCCAACAGUGGCUUGGUCACACUUUUGUGCUUUAUAGUGCUUCGCAUUUCCUGUACAGUCCUCUUGGUGAGAAUAAGAAACCACUUGGCUGAGGGAAAGAGUAAAGCCCUCUCCACUUGUGCCUCACACCUGAUAGUGGUAACCCUGGUGUUUUUGCCCUGUGUCUACAUCUAUGCCAGGUCCUUUAAGACAUUUCCAGCUGAUAAAUUGGUCUCCAUUCUCUACGCAAUCAUCACCCUAAUACUGAAUCCACUUAUCUAUACCAUCUAUACCCUGAGGAAUGCAGAGAUGAAAAAUGCUAUUAGGAGUACAUGGAACUACUCUAUCUGA